UAAGGGUAUCAUGCAUUCAUUGGUUUGCUUGCUUUUUGCAAAGUAACACAGAAGGAAGAAUUGUUCGUAAUUUUCGCUAACUCAAACAAGUUUCACAAAGUUCUACUUGGAGGAAGGUAGUUUUGCUGUAACAGAAGUGUGAUAUCUGUAAAGUGAAGAAAAUUUUCCCAGACAAACGAGUUCCAGUCACAACUCGUGGUCAUCACAGGAGGAUAAACAAGGAUAGCAACGAGUUUUAGCACUAGACGGUACAAUUCGACAUUUUGGAGCAAUUUCGCGCUGAAAACCGAAGUGUUUGAAAGUGAAAGGCAACUUUGCAGAAAAUAGAAUACAAGUUUCAAAAGAGAACAUUUUGCGGUAAAACAGUGAUCCCAACGGAUAACGGAAAGUAGCUUGGAAAAAAGCUCAGUUCUUCAAAUCUUAUACGAGAGUUUUAAGGAGAAACCCAGUAAACACAUACAGAAAAUGAUGGCUGUUGCUGCUGCCCAGAAGAACCGCGAAAUGUUCGCCAUCAAGAAAUCCUACAGCAUCGAGAAUGGUUACCCAUCUCGCCGCCGUUCCCUAGUCGAUGACGCCCGCUUUGAGACGAUCGUAGUCAAGCAAACCAAGCAAACGGUUUUGGACGAGGCCCGCACUAAGGCCAACGAAGAUCCCAACUUGGAUGAUGCCGUCCAAGAACAGCAGCUGCAAGCUGACGAAGUUCCAUACCAAUUGGAAGAUGAACAAGCCGCCUCUCAGGAUGAAAUUGACGACGCUGGCCUAACGGAGGAGGAAGUCGUUCUUCAAAACGCCGCUUCCGAAUCGCCUGAGGCCGAAAAGGAGGUGGUCCGUGCCGCCAUCGUAGUGCACCUACGCGACGGCAUGGGCUCCCUCGGACGUAUCCUGAAGGCUGUCGAGACGUACCACGGCACCGUGGUGCACCUGGAGUCACGCCAAUCGCGCAGCGAAGGCGUCGUGUUCGAUGUGCUCAUCAAGGUCGACAUGGCCCGGGCCAACCUGCUGCAGUUGAUCCGCUCACUGCGGCAGACCGCUUCCUUCGGUAGCGUUAGCCUGCUGUCCGAGAACAACGUGAGCGUGAAGGCCCCGUGGUUCCCGAGCCACGCCUCCGAGCUGGACAACUGCAACCACCUGAUGACCAAGUACGAACCCGAUCUGGACAUGAACCAUCCCGGUUUCGCCGAUCAGGUCUACCGUGCCCGUAGGAAGGAAAUUGCCGAAAUCGCUUUCGCUUACAAGUACGGAGACCCAAUCCCGCACAUCAACUACACCGAAACCGAGAACAAGACCUGGUCCGCUGUGUUCACCCGCGUCAAGGAACUGAUGAGCAAGCACGCCUGCUCCGAGUACGUGGCCGUGUUCAAGAAGCUGGAGGACGAAAAGAUCUUCGUCAAGGAACGCCUGCCGCAGCUGCAGGAGAUGAGCGACUUCCUGCGCAAGAACACCGGCUUCACGCUGCGUCCGGCCGCCGGUCUGCUGACGGCUCGGGACUUCCUGGCCUCGUUGGCGUUCCGCAUCUUCCAGAGCACCCAGUACGUCCGGCACAUCAACUCGCCCUACCACACACCAGAACCCGACUGCAUCCACGAACUGCUGGGCCACAUGCCCCUGUUGGCCGAUCCAAGCUUCGCUCAGUUCUCCCAGGAGAUCGGUCUGGCCUCGCUGGGCGCUUCGGAUGAGGAAAUCGAAAAGCUCUCUACGGUCUACUGGUUCACCGUAGAGUUCGGCCUGUGCAAGGAAAACGACGAAGUCAAGGCCUACGGUGCCGGUCUGCUAUCGGCUUACGGAGAACUGCUGCACGCCAUCAGCGACAAGCCCGAGCACCGCGCAUUCGACCCGGCCAGCACGGCCGUCCAGCCCUACCAGGACCAGGAAUACCAGCCAAUCUACUACGUCGCCGAGAGCUUCGAGGAUGCCAAGGAGAAGUUCCGCCGCUGGGUCUCGACCAUGUCCCGGCCAUUCGAGGUCCGCUUCAACCCACACACCGAGCGCGUUGAAGUGCUCGAUUCCGUCGACAAGCUCGACACCCUGGUGUCACAGCUCAACACAGAGCUUCUGCAUCUGACGAACGCUAUCGCCAAACUGCGACAACCGUUCUGCUAAAGAGCUGCAAGAAACUAGCUGCGAAUCCUGUGUCGUCUCAUCAGAUCCGAGUGCCAUCGGGUUGCCGGAAGCUGUCGGCGUUCGAAAAAUCGCUGCAGCCAUCCCGUCUACCCCCGUCCAGCACUCGCGAUAGCCAAACUAACCCCAACGAAGAAGCAAAUGACGAACGACCCCGGAUAUUCCAGAUGGUUUUAUUUUAACUACUUCACACGAUCAACAGCCAAAAACUGCAACAGGUCAACAACAGUAUUCUCACACCUCUCUCUCUAUGGGACCCAUCCUGGGACGCCAGGAUGCAGCCCAACCCUACGGAUCCUACAACCCCCAAGUCCCACGUCCCACGAUGACGCAACAGAUCAACACCCCAACAAACCUCGAGGUAGCUUUCGUUCAUAUUUUCCGGAGAAUAUGAACGCACCACACAAGCAGGAGAUCGACCGUGAACCCAUCGAGGAUCACGGUAGACGAGACACUUUCAGGCCCAACUUUUGGAAUUCGAACAAAAUUUCGCGAUCUGAGUGUUCAGCGAAAUCACCACUACCACCUUUCAGUUCCAAAGGAUCCAAUUGAAACACUAUCUGACAGGCACAAACCCCUGUUGCGACCCCUUCAAAUCCCCUGCACCCCUACCUUCAAUUUUAUAUUUUCAUAAAAUAUCCCUAUUGUACAUCGAUCACUGUAGAGUAGAGAUACUUUGUAGGAACCUAUCUUUUAUUUAAAGAUUUGUAAUUUAAGUAUUAUUUACUAUUUAAAUUAGCGGUAAAUCUUAAAUUAUUCCAUUUUUGAGCUAGAACGUGUUGCAGCUUCUUCUCUCUCAGACGAGGCGUGGAGGGCCCCUCUCUCGCUCCGGGCUUCUUGAUUAGGGAGAUCAUUACCCGUCAGGCCACCACGGAACCAUCCGACGAUCCAUCCGUCACCACCACACCCCCUCCAUCCACCGCCCUUUGGAAGAGUGACUGCUUCCGUGGGCAAAACUCCAUCCGGAUUUCGGGGGGCACGGACCCGACGGGCCCAGGAUCUCGGACGCCUCCGUUGGCCAGCACACCGGCGAAGAUCCUCUCAAAAGAGCGGUCCAAACACUACCCCAAAGAGCAGCAGAGGCCCCUCCCGCGAUUAGCUAGCGGAACGUGCGCGCGAAACGUUAGACAUAAGUUGUGCAUCAAACAUCAGAACACAUCAAAACAGCCAAGUCUGCAACCAUCCUCGACUGUCAUCUCAAAUGUGUUUGUUUUUAUUAUUAUUUUUAUGCAAAGCAAAAAUUUUAUAUUUAUAUUUUUUAACUAAGCACAUCCACACACGCAAACGAAGAAAAAUCAUGACAAAAAAAAUCUUGCUAUUGUACACAUAAACACAUGUGCAGCAAAACUAUACUUUUAAUAGGUGUCAAUAAAUAAAAAAAACUUAUGUGAAACUGCAUGUAAAAAGUCUAAGUCCAAAAUUCAUCUAUUCCAACCCAGGAGAAAAAUGCGAAAAAUGCUAAGCAAAGCCUAUUUGUUGAGAACAAAACAUCAAAAAUAACAAACAACAAACGUAUGUGUCUGCGAUAUUGUAUAGGAUUUAAGGAAUGAGCGUUAUUUUUGUUGUCCGCAAGCAAACAAAGCGAAUGAGUUGUACAAUUCGAUUGAUUGAUUGAAUGAUAUAAAAGAAAAAAAAUCAUGUGAAACGAACAAUUGUGACAAAUAAUCAGUGGAAACAGCAAAACAUUA